UGCUCUUGCCUAUAUUUGGAUACGUAAUUUACCUUUACGAAAAUAGAAUACCGACCGUUGAAGACGUACAGAUGAAUUUGCAUACGAGGUUAGAACAAGAAUCAGGGUAUAACAGCAGUCAGUUAGUAUAUAGGUUUGGGGAAGGCUUGUCACAAGCAUUCGUAGAUAAGAUGUACGACAAAAAUAUGACUGAGGCGGAUGUUUACAACAGGACUGCUCAUGCGUUGGGCGCUCUGUCUUCGGAGUUACCAGUCGACACGGCGGUGGACAGAUUAGGGCUGGCAGCCAUGGCGGUAAAGUUCGCAUCACAAGGGAAUGAAUCGGUCGCUCUGGACCGCAUGGCUAAUAUCGUCGUAGGGUUUGCUGAGACGUUGUACAAUGAUAGCAGCGCUCUUGUGACUUUGGUGGAGACCGAAAUGGCCAAACUCGCCAGUUUCGAGACUGACAGGGAUGAAGCCGCGGCGAUUUUACCCGCAGCAUUAGGAACGGCGUACUUCAACGCCAUAGGUAUGGAUGCCAUGGAUAUCGUAGUCCAGGUUUCUGGUGCGUUUAUAGAUGAGAGCAGAGCCAGAGCCCUCGACAAGAUCUUCUUGCUUUCCUGGACAUCAUUUGCUGCAGUGGAGAUUGUCGUAAUGAUUUUGGUGGCCAUGGUGUACUGGGUGCGCAAUUCUCCGGAAGUGCGCAGUCGGCACAAGAUCUUCACGUGGCACUUACUAUCCGGCGCUCUAAUUAUCCCGCUGGUAGGCAUCUUUUUCGUCGCCAUACCGUGCUUUCAGAUCUCGUACGAUCCGGGUCUCAACGGGCAGUUGCUGCUGACAGCUACCUCACUCAUGGCGUUCUUUGCCGUAAUGUUCCUGCUGGUUCCCAUGGUGAAUCGGCAACGGUUUAUGUAUCUGGUCUUUACUGUAAGACAGUUCAGAUAUCGGUCAUACUACUGGAUCAUGCUCCCCUGGCACUUGUUUCUCGUUGCCAUAAUUAUCGCAGGACAUCUCUGGUGCUACUGGGACGUUGAUAACUGUUCAGUCUACUACGAUUACGUGUUCAUCACUUUUAGCGUGUGGGCAAUCGUGCUUGAGUUUAUGUUCUAUACGGUCAUGCUCUACAGGAACGAGCAAACCGCUCUGAUUUUCGUGGACUGGUGGCAAGCAGCACGGCUAGUGUCGCUGUGGGGAAUCACGUACAUCUUGGGAUACGGUUACACGGGUUGGCGAAACUCAAAGAUGCUGAGCGCUUUCUGGAUCUCAUGGCAGCUUGUUAUCCUCUCACUGGGCGGAGUAUUGGAUUAUUUCUUACUGCUGACCCUCAAGGCCAUUGCACGCGACUAUGACUACAAGUUCCUGGACACGCUGAAUCUGGCGGGUAACGCCAAUCAAGUCAUCAACAUGGAGAACGUUUCGUUCGUUAUCAGUGAUUAUGAAACAAGACAACUGCUCAUCAAAUUCGCAGAGAAGGAACACUGUGCCGAGAUGCCCCAGUUUCUGUGCGAUAUACGGGUUCUGUUGAAGAGAUUGGACGAGAAAAGAACAGGUACAGAAGCCGAUCAUCGCGAUCGCGAUGUAGAUUUUGAAGUGCGGAGUUUGAUUCAGAAGUAUAUCUUUCCGCGCUUGCUCAACGUCCCAGGAUACGUUCAGAUCAAGCUGGAGAGCCAGCUGGCUGAGCUGUACGGCAUAACUUUCAAGAAAGCCAGUCCGAGUACCGAUACACUCGACUUCAGCGCACCUGCCGAAGUCCCAAUUGGGCCCCAACCAAUCGAGUUCCCGGAUGAUAUGUCGCACAAGAACACUGAUUGGAAUGAGGUGCUGGAAUGGUUCGAGCCGACGGCUGAGCAUGUACGGUCACUGGUGCGGAUGAACCUCAUCCCACGCUUCAGAAUCAGUCCAGAGGUGAUCCAGCUGUUAGAAAACAGACAGGUGCGUGUGGAAGCCAUGGAGAAGGGCGGUAUGAUCUCUAAGGGCGAUACAAGUGAAGGCGUAUUCACCAGAGGGACCAGAACGGGCAGGAUGACUAGCGAUGCUUCGGUGCGAGUUACCUCUGGAGCGUUCGGUGCUAGAUUAGAUGUAAACGGAAAGGGCAAGCUGAAUUCAGAGGUGCUGAUGGAAGGCGAAGAGUCGGUGAUUAUGACCGGGGGUAAUAGAACUGAGGAGCCAACUGUGGACAGAGUAGAGUCGAACAUGGAGUCGGAUGUAGAUGAUGUAGUGGUGGUGAUGUUGGAUGGGGAGGAGGAUAGUAGUGAGAUGGAGUCGGAUAGUCUGGGAUUUCAAGUGGAUUUCCAAAGAUGUGAGUAAGCCUAUCUACAAGAAUAGUAACUGUGAUGUCUACUUUUGUUGGUCACUUUUAAAGGCCUAUAAUGACAUCAACGAAACGAAUGUAAAGAAUGAGUGCAUUUUAUGUAUAAUCUGCCAGUAUACCGAUGCUCGGAAAAAUAAUUCGAUAGAAAUCAAAUCCUUGAAUAAAAUAUUACAAAUCA